GCGAGUCUUCGUUCGAAAGCCAGCUAUUCGAGUCGUGGAAGUCAACUGGAUCUGACCUCGAUCGCGAUCCCUUCACGUUCGACAUCAGCUGCUAGUGCACCACCAGAUCCACAAAUCGUCAGUGAUCAGUCGGCAUUGGAUGCGGCCACACUCGAUCGUAACAACCCACAACGAGAACGUUACUCGAUUCGAAGUCGUAUCGAUAUGUUCGAUCGUAUGAGCGGUUUGGGAACAGCNUACGGAUGCAGACACCUGCUCAGAAAACAAAGCGACAAUAUCUGGUUUGAUGCGGUAGUCUCGCUUCAUUUCUGA